AUGGCGUGUCUGGAGCGCCGCUGUCGCGACGCCGCCACCUUCGACUUCUGGACCGACUACCUGGGGCUGUGCGCCCUGGUGGGCCCGGCCCGGCCGCCCGCCGCGCCCGCCGCCCCCGCGCUGCCGGCUGCGCCCUGCCCCUGCGCCCUGCGCGACGGCGGCUGCUCCGCGCCCGGCCCCGCCGCCGCCCUGCGCGACCUGGAGCAGCGCUUCGCCCUGCUGCGCCCCUUCCAGCCCGCCGGCGGCGGGGCGCUGCGCCCGGGCCGCGGCCGGGCCUCGGAAGGCGGCUGCGCGGCCGGCCCGGGCCCCUUCGAGCUGCUGGGCGCGGAGCGCAAGGGGCGCAGGGGGCCCCCAGGCGGCGGCCGGGCCAAGCCCGAGCCCAAGAUCUGCGUCUUCUGCCGGAACAACGGGGCGCCCCAGGAGGUGUUCGGCUCGCACGUGCUCAAGAGCUUGGACGGCCGGGUGCUGUGCCCGAUCCUGCGCGCCUACACCUGCCCGCUGUGCAGCGCCCGCGGCGACAACGCGCACACCAUCAAGUACUGCCCGCUCUCCCGCCAGCCGCCGCCGCAGCGCGUCCUCAAGGGCCGGGCCGCGGGCCGCCGCCUCCCCCUCUUCUAGCGCCGGAGCCAGGGAAACGCCGCACCCCGCGCACCCCGGAUUGCACACGCACCUGCGUGGCACGCUCGGCCGGACACACGCACCCGCAUCACACUCGCACCUGCAUCGCACGCUCAGCCGGACACACGCACCCCGGAUCGCACGCUCAGUCUGACACACACACCCACAUCACACACGCACCUGCGUCGCACGCUCAGCCUGACACACACACCCGCAUCACACACGCACCUGCAUCGCAAGCUUGGCCGGACACACGCACCCGGCUCGCACACGCACCUGCAUUGCACGCUCGGCCAGACACACACACCUGCAUCACACACGCACCUGUACCACACGCUCAGCCUGACACCCGCACCCGUAUCCACAUUGCACACACACCUGCAUCGCACGCUCAGCCUGACACAUGCACCUGCAUCGCACAUGCACCUGCAUUGCACGCUCAGCCUGACACACGCACCUGCAUCGCACGCUCAGCCUGACACAUGCACCUGCAUCGCACCUGCACCUGCAUCUCACACUCAGCCUGACACAUGCACCUGCAUCGCAUCUGCACCUGCAUUGCACACGCACCUGCAUUGAACGCUCAACUUGACAAACACACCAGCAUUGCAUGCGCACCUGCAUUGCACAUGCACCCGCAACACACGCACAUGCAUCACACGCUCAGCCUGACACACGCACCCCUAUCACACACAUACCUGCAUUGCAUGCUCAGCCUGACACAUGCACCCCUGAUUGCACGCACACCAAUAUUGCACACUCAGCCUGACACACACUCACUCAGUUUUCACGUUCGGCCUGACACAAGCACCUGCAUCACACAUGCAUCUGCAUCGCAAACUCAGCCUGACACAUGCACCAACAUCACAUCCACAUCACACUCACACACUGGAUUGCACACUAAUGCUGACACACACCCCACAUUGCACACUUAGCCCAACACACAUCCUGCAUCACACACCCACAUCGCACUCAGCCCAACACCACUCAGACAAGGCACACACCCUGCAUCCCACACAUAGCCUGACACCCCGCCCCGCAUUCCACACUCAGCCUAACACACCACAUUGCACACACCCCAUCACACACUCAGCCCAAUCCACACACACUGCGGCUAGGGUGACCAGACAGCAAGUGUGAAAAAUCAGGCCAGGUUGGGGGGGUAACAGGCGCAUCUAUAAGACAAAGCCCCGAAUAUUGAGAUUGGUCCUAUAAAACCGGGACAUCUGGUCACCCUGACUGCAUCCCACACUCAGCCCAACACUGCUCCACAUGGCCCAGUCCUCCCGACACACCCACACUGCAUCACACUCAGCCCGACAUACCCAGAGCAUCGCACACACAGCCUCCUCCAUGGCCCACACGUUCCCCAGCGCCCCACGCACCCUGGGCAGCCCUCUCUUUGCCAGCUGGUGGGAGAGGCACAGGGAGGGGACGGAGGUGCUGUCCCCCGCCCGGGGUUGCUCUGAGCUGCGUGUAACGAACUGGACCAGGAGCCAGGGAAGGAGCUGGCCUGCGGUGGGGGCCUUUCUGCAACGGCAGCAGAAGAAGGGAGCAGAGGCCGUCACUGGAUGCCUUAGUGACCUGCAGAACAGUGCUGCAGACAAACUGGACCAACACAAAAAGCAACCCGCCCCCCGCUUCUCUCCCCCCCCCCCCCCGGGCUGGGCCGCAGCGUGUCUCCUCCCCUCCCGGGCUGGGGGGCUGGGGGCUGCAAUGUCUUCCCAUGCCCCCUCCCCCAGCCAGGGGCCUGGAGCCUCCCUGCCUUGCUGGUUUCUUUCCAGCUGCCUCCGUUGACACUGUGAGUUUUCCCCUUUAUGAAAAUUCUUGUGUCUGUCUCCUCAAUUGAAUUGCAGAGAGACAAGAUUCCCCCCAUUCCUGACAGUGCAGGGGCUCUGGGUGGGCAGACUGGGGUGAAAUCUGAUGUUGACAUCCCCUAGACCCCCUCACCUCCAGCAAAGAGAUUGUCUUAAACAUUUGGGGGGAAAACAGAAAUGCAACAGUUGCAUGAAAAGACUCUUUGUGGGGGUGUCUGACUAGCGUAGGUCUUUGCAUUGUACAGAACUGUCUGUGUCGGUCCGUCUGGUGUGUGCGGGAGUGUGUGAUGUCAUUUGUAGCUCUGCGGGGGUGUGUGGACAUGCACACCUUAUCCAAAUACGAUGCAAAAAUGUCUUUUUCGUAUUGAAUGUAUUAGAUCCAAGAGGUGAUUAUUGUCUGACCAGGACUGCACACAUCACAUGGUUUUGUUUACCAAAGUGAAUCCAUUUUUAAAAAAAAAAGAUUUAAAAAAAUAUGAGAUUUAAGGAAAAUGUAUUAGAUUUGCUGUGUUGUAUAUAAAGUGUUUAUUGUAAAUAUAGUAUUUUAACUUGUCCGGGUGAUCAGUGAGGGCAUUCUACCUCAAGCGAAAGAGUGGGAGUUUCGUUUGUUUCUCUGAUAAUUUCUGAGUUUUACUGGCUAUUGAAGGUAAAUAACUAAAGUUUAUAAACGUUUCCUGCUGUUUGUAAGAGGAUUUAAUAGUAUUUAAUAAUUUUAAUAGCUAUUUUUCAAUCUUUGUAUAACAUAAAUGUAUUUUUUUUUGCAUUACAUAUUUUUGGGAUAUUAUUUCAAUGGAGCUUUUAAAAAACCAACCAACCCCAGAUUGCGAAGUGGCUCACUUUGUGUGUGUGAGUCUGGAGGGCCGUGACUGCCAGCCAGGGGUCCAUGUCUGUGACGUCCCGGCCUGUAGGGCUCGGGGCAAGUGGCUGGGACGUGUUGUCUGUCACUGAAGUUUUUAUUAAAGAAUAAUACUGAUGCUGACGAUCCUGUUGAGAUUUUUAUUUCUAUUUUGUCACUUGCUGGAUGCUGCAGUGCAGAUGUUACCCAGAAGGAAUCACUCAAGUAAUAAACAGUUUGACCAAUUAUUGUCAA